AUGACCCCGUAUCAUCCUCAAGGUAACGGGCUAGUGGAACGCACCAAUCGGACCAUAAAGGGCAUCCUUCAAGGUUUCUGCAAAACCCUUGAUGCAGAUCGCUGGGACGAAACACUUCCGCUGUGCAUGCUCGCCUAUCGUGCUUCGUACCAUAGCACCACUGAGUACAGUCCAGCAUUCCUGACGCUCGGACGUGAGUUACGUUUACCCGUAGAGAUAGCGGUUCCAUCGUUGCCGAAUGCUGCUGACACCACGCUUGCCUAUACUCGAGACCUUGAAGAACGUCUUCAACAAGCCUUCCAACACGUUCGGGAACACGCCGGCCGAAUGCAAGAGCAACAGAAACGCGUUUACGAUCGUGAAAUUCACGGGAAUGCGUAUAAUGUGGGGGACCGUGUAUGGUUACAUCGACCAAGGCCGCCGCAGGGCACUUCAACCAAGUUCCAUCCGCCGUGGCAGAGCCCCUACGAAGUCGUUUAUCAGCGUUCACCGACCGUCUAUACCAUCCGCAAAAUUGGCUCUUGA